AUGUUUACACCAGCAGCUGAUGUUUAUAGUCUUGGCGUUAUUAUGACGGAAAUAUCGACCGGAAAACAAGCUUUUGAAAGGUUAGAAUUUGUUCCUGGAACACCUGACUGCUACGUUAAAUUAGCCAAGAGAUGUCUGGAUCCAAAUCCUAAAAACAGAGCAACUGCAAAAUCUGUUAAUUUUCAAGUUGGACUUUGGAUCGAAGAAAUGUCAAGUUUGAAUGAGGAAAAUGAAAUUAAAAGGCUAUUUUUAGAAAGUGAUAAUACGUUACAAAUAAUUAGCACAAACAUAAACUCGUCUCUAAUGAGUAAACCCAUCGAUACAAUCGAUAUUUUAGAGUAA